AUGGCAAGACCCUUUGAGUGCAUAGCCGACAUCAACGACCGCAAGGAGCUUUGGAAGAUUGGUGUGAAAGUUCAUCAAAAAUGGAAGGUUAACAUUGCAAACAAAGAACAUUUCGAAAUGGUGGUGGUUGACAAAAUUGGUAAUGACAUACAUGUCAUUGUUCCAACUGCUUACAAGCAAGCUUUUGACUUGGAUUUAGAUGUUAAUGUGACGUGUACAAUGUCCAACUUCCAAGUACAGCCCAAUGACCUGAUGUUUAAAGUAACCAACCACAAGUUUCUCCUUAAAUUCACAGGAGGUACAACUACUGGAGAUGUUGGGAAGCACGACAUCCCUGCUAAGGUUAACAGCUUAACCCCUUUUGCUGAUAUAAUAUCAGGGAAGUGGCAAAGGAAUGUUCUUUGUGGAAUGGCUUCGAAAACUUCCACCGCAUCUAAGAAACAAAAGAAAACAGGCAGUACCUCAAGACAACCAAGGCCAUAUGAUUCAUCAAGAUUCCUAGAUUUUAACCAAGAGGCAAGGUUUCGGGAGUUAUCAAAACAAAAGAUUUGGUCUGAGAGGAAGUUUGAGAUCAAUCAAGAAGGGAAAAUCAAGGAGGUGGCACAGAUCAUUGCAACAAGAAAGUGGGAUACGUUGGUUGAACCUCCUAGCUACCUCAACUAUGAUGUAAUCCGAGAGUUCUAUGCAAAUGAUCUUCCCUUUGAUGAAGAGCCUUUCACAUUCACAACCAUGGUGCGAGGAAGGAACUUAAAGUUUGAUCAAGACACAAUCAACGAAUACUUUGGAAAUCCUUUCACUUUGAGAGAGGGUGAUAAGUGUGAAUUCACUAGACACCUCAAGUGCCAUUGGGACAUUGACACGAUUUCUGGAUCUAUUUUAUUGGAAGGAUGCAAUGUUUAG